AGGUCGUUUCUUCAAAAUGUAAACAGAAGUGACAUGCAGGGGAUAUGAACAGAUAAACCUCUCAAAGCAUGUGAACAGGCAUUUGGCUGUGUGUGUGGUGAUGGGUCCCGAUUCGUGUGUAAAGAAAUGGAGAUUAAAGGGAACGACGAGGUGGAGAAAAUAAAGUCUAAGUUCAUGUCGGCAUGGAACAAUGUCAAAUACAGUUGGGUGCUAAAAACAAAGACUUCCUUUAGUCGCAAUUCUGCAGUGUUUCUCCUGGGGAAAUGUUAUCACUUCAAGGCAGAUGAUGAAGACAGUCCCACUGAUAGCUGCAGCACAGACGUCCUUGACGAGGAUGCUGUCACAGGCAACGUGGACGGAUUUCGAAGGGAUUUUGCUUCCCGGAUCUGGCUCACUUAUAGGGACGAGUUCGCUGUGCUGCCAGCAUCGGCCAUCACCACAGACUGCGGCUGGGGCUGCACUCUCAGAGCUGGGCAGAUGAUGCUGGCUCAGGCACUUUUACUGCAUUUCUUGGGUAGAGACUGGACCUGGCCUGACGCACUGACCUUGGAGCCUCUGGACACUGAGACAUGGACAAGCAGUGCAGCGCGAAAACUGGUCGCCUCUUUAGAAGCUUCAUUCCAAGGAGACAGGUCAAGAUUCCCGGAACCUUCAUACCAGCCCCAGUGUGGGGCAGAAGAGGCCGACGUUCACCUGAAAGAGGCGUAUCACCGGACUAUUGUGUCCUGGUUUGGAGACACUCUGUCUGCCCAGCUCGGGGUCCACAGGCUGGUGCAUCUGGGUAUGACCUCAGGGAAAAGGGCAGGAGAUUGGUAUGGCCCUGGAGUAGUGGCACACAUACUCAGGAAAGCGGUGGAAGAGGCUACAGAUCCAGAACUGCGAGGUGUGACCGUUUAUGUGGCACAGGACUGCACAGUGUACAGCGCUGAUGUUAUUGAGAGUCACUCAGCGCAGGUGGACACACAUGCGGUCCCCGGGGCAACGGUCACUUACAACAGAGCCGUCAUCAUUCUCAUCCCUGUCAGACUGGGCGGAGAGAAGAUUAACCCUGAAUACUUGAACUUUGUCAAGGCCAUCCUGAGCUUGGAAUACUGUCUCGGUAUCAUUGGCGGGAAACCCAAACAGGCCUACUACUUUGUUGGAUUUCAAGAUGACAGCAUGAUUUACAUGGACCCUCAUUACUGUCAGUCUUUUGUGGAUGUCAGCACAAGCAAUUUUCCUCUGCAGUCAUAUCAUUGUCCAUCACCAAAGAAGAUGCCUUUCAUUAAAAUGGACCCAAGCUGCACUAUUGGGUUCUACUCCAAAAGUGUUGAAGAUUAUGAAAGAAUCAGUACAGAGCUGUCAAAGGUGCUGCAACCGUCAUCGAAAGAGAAGUAUCCGGCAUUUACCUUUAUGAAAGGACACGGCAGAGAUUAUGAACUCUCUGCUCCUGUGGAGAAGAGAGAGUGGCCCUUCAUCAAAGACAAACGCAACCCCGGGGCCACUGCAGGGGACUUUGUGCUGCUGUAAACAAGGGGUUGGAAUUCCCGAACGUUGUUAUGUGUGUGAUUUUUCUGUGUCCUGCUGGUUUAAAUGGUUGCACCAUACUAAGUAUAUACAGAGAAGUAGUUCUGGGUUUUUGUCUGUUCAAGGAGCAAAACGAAAAGUUCAUCAAGAACUCCAUAGUCAACACCUCAACUUAACACUGUAAACAAACUCAAUAUACCUGGCAAAUUUAUAGUCAGAAAAAUAUGCUCUGACUAUAAAUGUGUAUA